AAUUUAUGACUGCAGAACCUGUAAUUUCUUCAAUAUAUUUUGUUAUGGAUUUUUAUACAAUAUAUUUUGUUAUGGAUUGUUAUACAAUAUAUUUUGUUAUGGAUUGUUAUACAAUAUAUUUUGUUAUGGAUUUUUAUAUAAUAUAUUUUUUUUAAUAGUGAGUUACUCCAAAUAACUUGAUCUGGACUUCAUUUUUUUUUUUUUUGUAUAAGGUAUGGAGUUUCCACGGGUACGCGUACAUCCGGGGCCAGAAGUGUACGAUGUGUUAACACUCCAGGAGAAGCAUCGAUCAGAGGCUGUGUGGGAUGGUUCCUUGAGAGGACCGACCGGAUGCUUGUUUCCUCGCCGCGCGGAUACUGAAUUUUGGAAGCAUGUGAGGCGUCAUCCUUUUCAUCCUCGCAUCCUUGACUACUUUGGCCUGUGUGGAUUUAGGGGAGUAAUAGAGGUAGGAUGUGUAUCAUAUGAUUGGGCAGUCAUCACUGCACUUAUAGAGAGAUGGCGUCCUGAGACGCACACCUUUCAUCUGCGUACAGGUGAGGCGACCAUCACAUUACAAGAUAUCGAGGUCAUGUUUGGCUUGGUUGUUGAUGGUUAUCCCUUGAAUAAUCUUAAUGCUAGAUAUAUCGAUAUUGGUGGGUGGCAACAAUUGAUCCAUGAGCUUACUGGUUGGGCACCCGGUCUGGAUUGUUUUAAUGGUGUUAGUAGGUUAGAAGUACAUAAAUUAAUUGAAUAUAUUAGAGGCUUAGAUGAUAUUACAGAUCAGACCCCAGAAAUUGAUGUGCAACAGCGGGUUAGGUUGUACUUGCUAUGGCUUUGUGGCGGCACGAUAUUUUCGGAUAAGUCCGGUGACUUACUGAAUUUAGAUUAUUUGCUUGACAUGCGUGACCUUAGAGCAAUGAAUGAACAAGCUUGGGGAGCGGCUGCAUUGUCAUAUUUGUAUACUUGUUUAUGCUGUGCUUCGUUGAGGAAAGCGAAGGAUGUGUGUGGAUUCAUUUCCUUAUUGCAGGUUUGGGCUUGGGAGCGCAUUAUACCGAUGCAGCCACCAUGCAGGGCUCUUCCGCCACACACGGCUCUUGCACGAAGGUGGACUCAUCGUAAAUCCCACGAAAAUGAGGCACGUGAUGUUUUACCCAUAUGUAGGGAUGUAUUGGACAACCUAAUAGAUGGCCAGUUUGUGUGGCAGCCUUAUUCAGAGGCCAUCAUCAACAGACUCCCUGAGUGGUGUCUGCGUGGCCGAGAUAUUUGGAUGGCGAAGGUUCCCCUUAUUUGUGGGAUCUAUCGAGAGUGGCACAUGGUAGACCGCGUUCUCAGACAGUUUGGUAGGAAGCAACAUAUUCCGGGUCCAUGUGCAGAGAUUGAUCCUUUUCAUUACAAACGUGACAAGCGGUAUGCUAUAAAAGUGGAGGAUCAAGAAUAUUUUACCGAAACAGACUUUUUGUGGGGAAAUCGUCGAGAUAGUUUAAUUCUGGCCGAGUAUGAAACUCAAGAUCCAGAGUCACUAUCAGAGUAUUUUUGUUGGUAUCGACGUCACUCGCGCACUUUCAUAGGAAAUCGUGCGCAUAAAGUGGAUAGAGGAUACCAACACAUGGCAGGCAGGCAUGAGGCACUGGUACGUACAUUACAUUCCAUUAGAUGUUUGAUGUCUUUAUAUGUGUCUUAGACCACUAUCAAAUAUCGAUUUUUUUUUUAGGCUUUAGGACAUCAAGAAUCAUACAGGUUGGCUCAGCAGACUAUCCAAGAUCCAACCAAGUCUAAUGAAGUGAAGGAAAUAGCAAAGAUGUUUAGCCACAUUAAUACAGAGUCCAUGGCUGCUGCCUCUCUGGGGACGAUGUUGAGUUUCGCUCCAUAUUAUACACCACCGGCAGAGUAUGUUGAGCCGCCUACUAUGCAAGUGCCUCGUCAUCAACGUCCUAAUGUACCAAGACCUGCGGCGCGUGGUAGAGGACGCCAAUCAGGUAACAGACGGGGUCGAACUCCCGUGGAUCACCAGUUGGUUGAUGAGGAAGAGGUUCGUUUUGAUCAAGAUAUGCCCAGCUCAACGAUGCAUGCAGAUGAUGAUGCAUAUCACCCAAUAAUAGAUUUUAUGUCCAGCUCAUCGACGUCAGCUCCCGAGGUUCAAUCACCAGCGGUAAUCAGAAAUGAGGGGCCUUUUCAGGCAUUCGCAUCGUCUGGGCCUAUUAGCCUGGCAGUUAUGGCCCAACAGUUUAGUGGUCAGACAAGCAGCUCUUAUGGGAUGACUGAGGGGCAUUUACCUGCAUUCACUGGACAGAGCUCUUCAAUUGGGAGGAGACUGAGUUUUACCGAUUCUCCCAUGGCAUUUGAUGUUGGAUCCUCACACAUUCCUGUGCCGGAUGUACAGACUUUAGAGCCACAGGAUACAGGUGUGAUACAAGAGGAGGUUCACCAACGUAGAUCAAAACGAGAACGUCGUCAAACUCGGUGUGGCACGGGGGGGAAAAAGGGACACUGUAAAAAUUAAAUUUUUAUUAUAUAGUGG